CAUUCCCACGCUCCAAGCGAGCUGGAUCGCUGUUGACGGUUGGUCUCCUUGCAUGAUAAUAGGUGUUUGUAAAUAACUCCAAGAUGACACACGACUCAGAGUUGGUUCCCACGGUAUGGACUAUAAAAAGACUUUUCGGCACACGACUCCUGACAGCAAGACCCGUGUGCAAGCGUGUCUUUGGACCAGUCUACAGCAUCGGGCCUUCUUAAGAACGCACGACAAUUCCACUCCGAUUGCAUUUUUACAUUUUCUCGGGAAAAAUGGAAUUGGAUGUGCUGAAAAAACAGAACGACAGUAAUAAAACAAGUCUUAAAAUGGAUAACAAAAAGUCUAAAAAGCCGCAAAUGGAGAAACUUAGAAGAGCAAGGAUAAACGACAGUCUAAACGAGUUAAAAUCACUCGUCCUCGAGGCAAUGAAGAAAGACGCCUCAAGAUACUCGAAAAUGGAGAAAGCUGAUAUUUUGGAAAUGACAGUAAAAUAUCUUCGUUCGGCCCCGGAAAAACAGUCGAAGAUUUCAGAUCCGACGUCGCUGGCGAAGUACCGCGCCGGGUAUAACGAAUGUGCGGCGGAAGUGACCCGAUUCCUCUUGUCCUCGGAAAACGUCUCGGACCAGCUAAGAACUCAAUUGCUCUCUCAUCUCGCGUCUCGGUGUUACACGCAGCAAAUACCAAACCUCGCGUGGGCUCCACGAGCGCCUACCAACACCAUGGCGCAUUCAGUCUUGCACCCGACUCCAGGCAAGGUUAGCGGCUUUUCCACCGCAUUUGGCCCGCCUUCAAAUGUCGUUAGUUUUUCCGCCAACCUUCCAUCGCCGCCGUCUUCGCCGCUUAACCAACAGGAUUCAGGACUUCUUAGAUUAACGGGAGCUUCACAGGUGUUGCUCAGUAAUGGGAUUCCUGCCGUUAUUGUACCGAACGAUUCGUUACAUUUGCUGCCUUUGACUUGGCAGAACUCUCUGGCGCCUUACGACUCUUCUGUGUGGAGACCGUGGUAAAGACUACACACGCCCGCCAUGCUCAGUGUUUUCUAUGAAAACGUUUGCAUUUUUACACGAAUUCCAAAAUGUGCAUUUAGUUUUAUCUAGAAAUAGGGGUUUAUCGCCAAUUUGCAGAUACUUAGGUUGCAUUGUUUGUUUUAGAACAGAUUGUGUAACAGUGAGCGUGCUGAGUGAUUUUCACACGGACCUUUUGGGUCUUUUACAUUACAAGAUCCCGGAAAACUGGAUAGCUCUAUUCACGUGGAAUAAAUAUAUAAAUAUUGUAAAAAAUUAUGUGAAUACUUUAAAUAAAUACGGUUGCACUGGC